UAGGGGAAAGCAAACAGAGAAAAGCCACUCCGUUGUUAGCGUCCGGGCCCUGCAUUUCUCUCCAGUAGCUGCUGCUGCUGCCUCCGCCAGACUGGACGCUCUCCAUCCUCCUUUUCUAACACCUACCUCAAAACUGCUGGAGGCUGCGGGGCUCCCUCCCUGAGAGUAGCAGGAGGAGGAGGCAGCGGCGGAUUGCUUUGCAAAAGGCAACGCAGUGUAGUUGCAAAAGGGGCUUGACUCCGGAAUAAGACCCCCUCUCACCACGUGUAAACGCACUCAGGCGCAUACUACUCUCCCCGUUUGUUUGCCUAGGGCUGUCCGGCUGGCAGGGCCAGCGAACGACGCGGAAGAUGCACACGACCCAGAAGGACACCACUUACACCAAGAUCUUUGUCGGGGGCCUGCCUUAUCAUACCACCGACUCCAGCCUGCGCAAGUACUUCGAGGUGUUCGGGGAGAUCGAGGAAGCCGUGGUCAUCACCGACAGGCAGACCGGCAAGUCCCGGGGAUACGGAUUUGUCACCAUGGCUGAUAGAGCAGCUGCUGAAAGGGCUUGCAAAGAUCCCAAUCCUAUCAUUGAUGGCAGGAAGGCCAAUGUGAACCUGGCAUACCUGGGAGCAAAACCAAGGAUAAUGCAACCAGGUUUUGCCUUUGGUGUUCAGCAUCUUCAUCCAGCUCUCAUACAGAGGCCUUUUGGGGAUCGUUUACAGUUAAGAUAACUGAUCAGAAGGAUAUGAUGAUAAGAGGUGGAAUAGUUCUGUUUGGAAUUAAACACUGUAACCAGUAGACUCAAACACAAACAAGCUAAAAUGGUGAUUAACGAUGCAUGUAUGUUUUUUCAUAUAGUCAAUAGACCUCCGUGUGCUUUUUUUUUUAUUAUUUUUUACAGAAAUGAAGUGGUGUUGAUAGCUAAACUGUGUGCUUUUAUUUAAUUGAAAGAGCUGUAGUGAAAGUUUUUUGGGGGUCUCUUAAUUUUGUUUUUGUUGUUGAGGAGUGUUGAGUUUGCCAUGGGGAGCAAAGGGACUUUUUUUUUUUUUCUUGCUUUCAAGCUGUAGCCUGUGACUUUUUUUUUUUUUAACCAUAUUCGUAUUUUGUAUUGAGUGCUAAAUUGUGUGACAUCUUGAUUUUUUUUUAAUAAAGAAAAUCAACAUAUUGCUUGCAUGUUUAUAGUUCUUGGUUUUGUUCCUUGAGAGGGGUAUGAAGGGGUGUGGAGCUCUUUUGAUUAACACUGUGCUUCCACUUGGGCUUUCUAAUUCCAGUCUUUAACUUCUCCAUCAGACUUCAAUAUGUAGUGCAUU